CACCAUAGUGAAGAGAGGGUGCGUUGAUUAUUGUGCGGGACUUUCGUAUUCCGUCGUGAUGACAAGGGUGGCGCAGACUUCCGCUAAAUCCGCUGGUAAUGUGGGGAGUGGACAUAAGGAAAAUCAAUACACUGAUCGCGGGAAGCCAGCGGCGAUAAGAUCUAGCAAUAUAACUGCUGCAAAAGGUGUGAUCCCUACGUUAAUACGCUAAAUUCUCUGCAGCCGUUGCCGAUGCAAUUCGUACUAGUCUUGGGCCAAAAGGAAUGGACAAGAUGGUUUGUUCGCUUCUCCUGUUUUCAUUUCUUAGAUACAAGAGCCGAAAGGGGACGUGACAGUGACAAAUGAUGGGGCGACGAUCCUAAGGCAGAUGAAAUUGUUGCACCCGGCUGCAAAAAUGGUAGAACACUCUGGUUUCUUAUUCCUGUUCUUUUGCAGCUCGUCGAACUUUCCAAAGCGCAAGACAUUGAGACGGGUGAUGGCACAACCACUGUCGUCGUGUUAGCCGGAAGCCUUCUUGAUGCAUGUUCCAAGCUUUUGAACAAGGGUAUCCAUCCUACCACGAUUUCCGACGCAUUUCAGCGGGCUGCUGUGGAGGCCUGUGCAAUCAUCGACAACAUGGCAGUGCCAGUCAAACUGGAUGACAUGCAGCAACUAAUCAAAAUUGCGACGACCUCCCUGAAUUCUAAAGUAGUGUCUCAACAUUCGGGCGCGCUCGCGCCGAUAGCCGUAAAGGCGGUGCUUGAGGCCGUGGAUCCCAGUUCCCCUCACACGGUUACCCUUGACGAUGUUCGUGUUGUUAAAAAGUUGGGUGGUACUGUGGAAGAUACAGAAUUGGUAGACGGGCUCAUCCUGACCCAAAGAGUAGCCCCCGGUUGUGGCGUGAAGCGAGUGGAGAAGGCCAAAAUCGGUCUGAUACAGUUUUGUGUAUCGCCACCAAAGACAGAUAUGGAAAAUACCGUUAUUGUUACCGACUACACGCAAAUGGACAGAAUCAUGAAAGAAGAGCGACAGUAUAUUCUGAAUAUAGUGAAGGCUGUCAAAAAGGCCGGUUGUAACGUACUUCUCAUUCAGAAGAGUAUUCUUCGUGAUGCGGUCAACGAUUUAGCCCUCCACUACUUCUCAAAAAUGAACAUCAUGGUUGUCAAAGACAUUGAGCGGACUGAAGUUGAAUUUAUCUGCAAGACCUUACACUGCACACCAAUCGCCAGUCUGGAUCAUUUCAACCCAGAAUAUUUGGGUUCGGCAAACUUGGUUGAAGAAUCUGAAGCAACCGCUCGAUGUGUUCGUAUCACUGGGAUUCAAAAUAAGGGUCGUACUGUGUCCAUCCUUGUUCGAGGCUCAAACAAGCUGAUGUUGGACGAAGCAGAACGAUCGCUGCACGAUGCACUCUGUGUCAUCCGCUGCUUAGUCAAGAAAGGUGCACUGGUUGCUGGUGGUGGAGCUCCAGAAAUUGAAGUGGCCCAGAAGUUGGCUCUGCUAGCCAAUACCACUCCCGGAUUAGACCAGUAUUGCUUUCGUGCCUUCGCUGAUGCCUUUGAAGUGGUACCGUACACACUGGCUGAAAACGCUGGUUUAAAUCCAAUACAGACUGUUACGGAACUUCGUGCGCUCCAUGCUCGUGGGCAAGUCAACGCAGGAAUUGAUGUCCGCAUGGGUGCUGUGGCAGAUAUUCUUUCCCAGGAUGUCAUGCAACCGGUUCUAGUUAGUCACUCGGUCGUGUCGCUGGCAGCGGAAACUGUCCGUAGCAUUUUGAAGAUUGACGACGUGAUCAACGCCGUCAAAGCUUGAGGUUUGAACACCCCGUUUGGCACUGCCGUUGUUAAUUCACUAAAUCGAAAAUAAGCUUUGAAUGAUACCG